AUGUCCCAAACUACUCCAAAAACUCCUCGUCGCCUCACGAGCGCGCCAUCUACCGCUUCCGCCACCGACGCUGGUGACACCAGCGACAACCAAUUCACUACUCCAAAGGCAAAGGGAUCCCUCAAACGAAACCACGACACAGUCGAAGCAUCCGACACGAUCUACAGCAUCGACAAGCGCUUCGUCGUAUCUCGUCAACACGGCUACCCUCCCUCUCAAAUCCACGGAUGGGGUGCCCUCCUUUGUGACGGUCCCCCGAGCGACGAUUACUAUGUCCCAGAACCUCUGCCACCCAAGAAGCGACGACGCACCGAACCCCGCCCCGUCGUCAGCAAACCUGCACCCACGCUGAAUGGCGAUUCGUCUUGGUCCGAUUUCGAUUUUAGUAGCGAUGGAUUUGGGGACUGGCGCUCUUCCGAUGACCGAAUUGAUGAGGAGGAAGAGGAAGAAGAGGAGAAGGAAGAGGAGGAAGUGGACGAGAAAGAUCUUCCUUGGUACAAGAGAGAGCGAUUGGAAAGGGUCGACGCCAUGAUCAAGAAAAGCGACGAGUACGCCGAGCAGGAGGAUGCCGAAGAAGAACUCGAGAGGGCCGCAAACCGCGGCAAAGCCGACCCCAUUGACGCGGUCGAUAAUGCCACUGAGGAGGCGGAGGUGGUGGAGGACGGCGCUUUGACCGAUGCUGGCAAUGGAGGAAUUGUCCUUGCCGAACCUGAAGCCACUGACAAUGAAGACGACGACGCUCCCGAAGAGGCGUAG